AUGACGGAUGAAACAACUGAUCGCCUUUUGACCGACGUCAAAAGAAGCUAUGAAUUAUUGGAAGAAAACACCUCCGUGCGCUCAAUUCCAGAAUUCCUUGCACAUCUAGGAAGCGAAUUCAUGCCAUGCCAUGACAAGCUAACGGUACAUCCAAUGAUAAUCACAAUACUUGAGAAUCCCGUGCAUGUAGAAAAUGAGGACAAAUGUGACUUGAGUGAUGAGGAAGAUUUCGAUGGAGAGAAAGUGGAGGAUUUUCACCACCAUGAAAAAGUUAGGGAACGUGGAUCGAAGAAAUUAAUGAUCGCCAUUGGAAUAUCAUCGCUUUUCUUUGUCACCGAACUUAUUGGCGGGCUGAUCUCCGGAAGUUUGGCGCUACUGAGUGAUUCAUUCCAUUUAUUGAGCGGCAGUUGUCAAAAUCAAGAUAAUGUUACCGUUCGAGCGGCUUUAUUGCACGCGUUGGGUGAUUUACUUUCGUCACUGGGAGUCUUGAUUUCGUCAAUUGUUAUUAUUUAUGAUCCAAGUAAGAUGUGGGUGGAUCCACUGUGCACGUUUCUCUUUUCGGCGCUGGUGAUGGCAACCACCUUUGGAAUAUUGAGGAGUAGCGUAAGGGUUCUGAUGGAAGCGACGCCAUUUCACAUCGACCCGCAGGCAGUGGAAUCGGAUCUGAAGGCCAUAGAAGGUGUAAAGAGUGCACACGAUCUGCAUA